AUUGAAUUGCGUAUAUACACACUAACACAACACUAUAACGUAUAAAUAGUUCAAUAUGAGAUAUCGUUCAUAAUCGUUGUAUCACAUUAGUGGUUUUGUGAGUUAAACAUAUAGUUAUCGUAAAUAUGGCUUCCAAAGAGGAUAAACAUGAAGUUCCUGGUUGUUCUCGUAUUAUAAUGAAAAAAGGAGAUAUAUCCAGAAAACAUAAAAAAAACUUUGUUAGAGCGUGUGAGCUUGAAUCUGAAAAAGCCUAUCUGAAUUACACAGAACGCUUGCAAAUAUUGUUUUUGCCGAAUUGUUCAACAAAUUUUAAUUGCAAACAUUAUUCAAAAAAAAAAUUACAGAUACAACAAAUAUCACCCAGAGUCAUCAAUUCAAUUCAAACAGAAAUUUCUGAUAAUAUGUGGUAUGAGGCUUUGGACAUAAGUUAUCUAUGCAUAACACCAAAGCAAUAUCUAACUGCAAAUGUUCUUAGAGAUAUUGUGGAAAUCAUGCUGAAUGCGCAUGAAGAUGUGUCUUCAAAGUACUCCAUUACUCAUCUCAUAAGCAAAUGUGAACAAGUGCUUGCAUUGCAUUUUCGAAUGCAUCCUCCUUGUGGCUUGCAUGAUGAUAUAUUGUCCCUUUACAAUAGUUUUUUAAUGGGUCCAAUGACCUCAGCAUCUAAUACAAAUAACAAGAAACAUUCUACAAGGAAUGACCAUGGCUGUGAUAAAGGAAUUAUAGAAUAUUGCUUAAAUAGAUUAGAGUAUGAAAUAAGUUCAGAAAGCAAAGAUGGCCCUCUAGUUAACAAAGACAAUAUAAUUCCAGACAAUUUAAAAGGAAGUCUUAAGGGAUUGCAUUAUGAAAAAGAAUAUCUUGAGAUGUAUGAACUACUAGAAAGAACCGAAAGAAUAGAAAGAUUGAUGGCAGUUCUACAUAGUACGAUAGAAUUGAUACAAUUUAAUCUUUUUAUCUUAAGAUCAAGAGAAUUAAGACAAAACAUUCUGAUGCAUAAUUUAUUUCUGCCUGUUUCCCCGUUCUACCAAGUUCAGAAAAUAUCUAAGCAAAUAAUAAAAUUAUUUGCUUAUUUUGUGCAUCUCAAUUACCCUGCAGAACAUAUUAAAAUUAUGAGUAUUUGGUUAAAUGUUGCGAUUGAAACUCAUAUGUACACUGCCUAUAACAGAAAUUGUAACUUUUCACAUCUCGGAUUAUUUGGAAAUAACUUUGCAGAAGAAAUAAAUACUGUAAUCUCAGAUCUUCCACAUGAGUCUAUUAUCAAGAUACUGUCAAAAAUACAUCCAAAUUAUAUGAAGCGCGAAGUAGGUUUUUUGUAUUGUAAGAAAUAUCUUAAUUAUGUUGAAGAGGAUAUAAUGAAUAUAUUAAUAACAUUUUUAGAAACGUCAAAAUGGAAAGAUUUUCCAAAAAGUGAUUCUGAAAAUUUACUAAAAAGGUUGAAUAUAGUGGAAAGUACACCAAAAAAUAUUAUGAAUCAUUUAUCUAAAAUUUGUAAAAAUAAAAGUGUUAUGUCUAACAACAAUAUGAGUUACCCUAAAUUUCAAUCUCCUGAUGAAAGUGAAAUUAACCAAGAUAUUAUUAUAAGUGCCUUGUAUAUAAGUCUUAAUGCUUAUCUAGAGUCAUAUAAUGUUCAAAAUGUUAAUGCAACUCUAGAAAAAAUGAAUAAUUCUGAAAUUGUUUUGGAGAGAAAACAGAUAUCUGAAUAUUACAUUACACCAGAACUCAUAAAGAUCUAUAAAAAUAUUUAUCAGCUGUUACCAAAAGUUAUUUUAAUUUUAAAUGAUUUAAAAAAAAACAAUAGGCUACCAGAACAAUUUAAAGUUUUUGAACGACUUUUUACAUUUGAUUUAAUUGAAGAGCCUAAAUAGUUUAAACCUGUGAGAGAUACAUUAUUUAAGCUUCUCGCAUAUGGUGUAGAAAUAUCGAUUCUAUGAGGAUUUUACCAAUAUUUGCUAAGCAAAACUGGAGAAGAACACCAGAGAAAGUGCCGAACUUAAAAAUUCUAGCAGGUACUCACAAUGUACAAAAUAUUUCCAAAGACAUGCGGUAUCUUGUUAUUUAUAUUAGUAAUAUCUAAGUCGCGUUACCGAUGACGUUAGUCAAUAGCUUAUUUUUAUUAUUAUAUUUGUACUUAACUAAAAUCAGGUACACAAAAUGAUGUUAACUAACAAUAUAAUGAUGUGAAAAUUAUUACUUUUAUUCUUAUAUUUUUUUACAUUUUUAAUUAAAUUUAUACAAUUGAUGUU